UAUCCCUAAUACAAUUCCAAUAUCUGUGUUAUUUGUAGACUAUUUGUAAAUAUAAUAUACAUUAUAAACUACUUUAGCCCAUACAUUUUCAACGGCGAGAAUAAGCAUAGCCUAGUUUUCUAUUUUAUCCAAUAUUGUUAGGCCUAUUUUUGUCCCUUUUAGCCUAAAUCCAAUGCUGCCAAAGACUAAUUUGAGUAAUUUCUGACUGGUUCCUUGUCAUUUUUUUCGGACAAUGAUCUUGUCAAGUUCAGUUAAAUCAGAGCGCGAGUCACUUUGUUUUGGUCCUUCUGUCAUUGACUGACCGCCAACACUGGGCCGCGCGGCUGCUGUGAUUCCAUAUUGGCCUAAUUGAAAUGUUACAGAUCAUAACCGUUAAAAACAAUUUUGCACGCUUCGUUUAUUAACGUUGAAACGCACUUCAACGGCUUGAGUCUUGGCUCACGUGGUCAGCUGUUGUACGCCGGAGGGGUCGUCGGGUUAAAACAAUAAGCGCCGUCUUAACUCAAACUGUAAGCAGGGCGUCAAGUGGGCGCGGAUGGUGCUCGCCCUGCACGUCAACUGAAGAGACACCGAAGACGUACUGCAUCAGUAUCCGAUUUAUUUUUCAGACUUUGUUCUUUUAUAGCCUAUUGCCUAAAAUAAUUUUUAAAAAUCAUGUAUUGAUUUGCCUAUACUUUUUAUCAAUUGAAAAUGAAGAGCCUAUUGCCAAUUGUGUUGUUCUAUUUCAAAUGUAUCAGUAGGCCUAUUCUACCGUCAAGUCAUUCCACAAUUGCUCUGAAAAAAAGGGUUGCCACGUUUAGCAGAUAAUAAUUAAUGCAAUAGAUAUGUAGUAUUAAUUAAUACUAAAACAUAAUAUUGUUCUUUGCUUUCUUAUUAAUUACACUGGUUUAAAUAAAUAACCAUUUAUGACCAAAUACAUCGAAAAAUUCAAUUGUAUAAGCUCGUAUCAUGCAGCCCAAUUCGCCUAUCUAAUAAUUAAGGCAAAUUAAUGAUUAAUUAUCUUUUCUUUUCAGUUGGCUAUAAACAGCCAUGCGUUAACGUUGCGUAAACUACAAUGUUUAUUCCUUGCAACAUAUGCGGAGUUUCUCUAAUUUGUGAAGCUAAGGUUUCUUUGUAAUGACAUCAGAUUUGAUUGCACGAACUCAUGGUUGCCUCCUCCCCUCAAACCUCACGCAAGAAUCCUAUUGGUCCAAGAUUUGAGACUUGGAAAAUCAACUGCAACUUGCCCCCGUAUCGUAGAGCUCGCUAUAAAAAGCUGUCAUCAUACCCGUGCGUGCCAAAUGGGCUGUCGUUAUUUGGAGUAACAAGUGGACUCAGCAUUGACACUUUCUCUUCUUUGCUCAACAACUUUGGACUUAAUUGCUGUGAUGAAUCUGAGGAUCAUGGACUCUGACAGCCGCGUGUCAAGCAGACCCUCUUCACCCGAAGUGGACGAUAUUUUCCUUUCGGCGAUGAAGAAGUCGGGCUUCUCUGGCACCGUGUCGUCAACGCAGAGCGACUCGCCGCCGGAGAUACCGGCAGACCUGCGCAGCCUCUCCAGCAACGACGAUGACGAUCUCUCCCUGAAGAUGCUGUCAAAGAAGGACCGUAAACUUCUCUCGGAGGACGAGCUGCAGGGGAUGCGCCUGAAGAUCAACAGCCGCGAGAGGAAGAGGAUGCACGACUUGAACAUCGCGAUGGACGGGCUCCGGGAGGUCAUGCCGUACGCACACGGACCCUCGGUGCGUAAACUCUCCAAAAUCGCCACCCUCCUUCUGGCAAGAAAUUAUAUCCUGAUGCUGAGCAACUCCCUCGAGGAGAUGAAACGACUCGUGAGCGAGAUCUACGGCAGCGGUCACCACAGCGGUUUCCAUCCAUCUGCCUGCGGGACCAUGGCGCACACGGGGCCGUUGCCCGGCCACCCGGUGGUUUCUCACGCCUCCCACCCGGUGCACCACCCUCUCCUCCCUCCGGCAGUCUCCUCCGCCUCACUCUCUGCGCCCGGUAUGUCCGUGACCUCGGUCAGACCUCACCACGGACUUUUGAAGGCGCCCCCCGGUGCAGGCCCCCUGGGCAGCAGCUUCCAGCACUGGGGUAUCGGUACCGGGAUGCCCUGUCCGUGCAGCAUGUGCCAAGUGCCUCCGCCACACGUGCCCGGUAUGAGCACCGUCAGCAUGUCACGGCUGACGAGUGACUCUAAGUGACUUGAACUUUUACCUGAAAACAAGGGAGCGAAAAGGGAAACGAACAUUUGGUCUCCUGUGGGGUUGUUGUAGAGGUUGUGUGUAUUUCUAUCCAUGUCAACACUUUUUUAUUUUUUAUUUAUCAGACUGUUGCCUGAAUUACGUUGUGUUGGAGCCAACUUAAAUGCAUCAGCUCUAUGCGCCACUAACAUAGCUGUGUUUAUAAUAGUGUCACUCUAACAGAUGUUUCCAUCACACAUCUCCGUCUUAAACUAAGCACCGCACAUUUACUUCAUUGGGAUGUACAUCUCCCAUACGCAUAUGUUAUUAUUCUUGAUGAAUAAGUCUAACAUUUAGAAAUACAUCGAGCUCACUCAGUCAGUCAGUAUACUCAGAGAGACACGGCUCUCUCACAAGAACCAUGUUUAUUCAAACACCAAGCAUCAAUAUUAAUAAUGUAGACUGUAAAUAUGUAGAUUGAGAACCCUCUUUAUAUAGUACGAGAUAUUUUAUAUUAGACCCUUGUUAAUGUUUGGGUUGACCCUUUCAUUUGCUUGUCUGUCACCAGCCGACCCCCCCUGCACCUGCUUCUUGUAUCAUGUCUUUCUCAGUGUUUUAGUUUAACAUGCUACUGCCAAGCCGACACGGCUACUAUCUUGUGUAGUCUGUUCUUCUUAACAUUUUUUGUUGCCAAGCAUGCCAUCCACUGCCCGACGCAAAGAAUGAUCACCUCUUUAUUUUUUUAUAAAAAGUGCUAAAUGAUAUUUAUUUACUUAUUUUCGAUGGGAUUUCAAAUGAAUCGCUGAUGAUUAUGUUGGAGUUUUAAAUGUGAAAUAAAACAUGUUUAAUUGAA